AUGAUUGAAAAUUCUAAAAAAAGAAAAUAAAAAAAUGAAUAACAAGAAGAAUAAUACCAAGAAAAUUCUAAAACAAUGCUAAAAUAAACUUCUAAAAAAGAAGUACAAAAAAAAUUAAAGUAAACCAAAAAUUAAGAAAAAUAAUAACAUAUAGAAGAAGAAGAAGAAACUAAAAUUUAAAGAGAAAAGAAAAUUCAAGAAGACGAUAGUGAUAUUGAAAAUAUAGAAUAUGAAGAUGAAUAUGCAGAUGAAAUAGAUGAUGAAUAUAUUGAUAAGAAUAAAUAUGAUAAAUUUAUGAAAAAUAAUAACAAAACAUAAUGUAAUCAAGAUGAAGAAUGGGAAGACGACUAAGAUGAUGAUGCUGACGAAGUAUAUGAAGAUGAUGAAUUAUAAAAAGAAUUUAAUGUUAAUGAAAAAAGCAUAAAAAAACAAUAACCCAUAAAAGCUAAUCCAUUUUUAGGUACUAGUAAAUAAUUAAAAACUGACGAAAUAUUAGAUUAUGAUAAUAAAGCAUAUGAAAUGCUGCAUCGAGCAACAACUGAAUGGCCUUGUUUAUCAUGUGAUUUUGUAAUGAAUUAAGCCUAUAAUAUAUAAACUCCAUACUAUUAAUAAAUGAAUAAAUAUCCAUAUGAUAUAUGCGUAGUAGCUGGUACUUAAUCUUAAGAUAGUAACAACUUCAUAUAUCUCAUGAGAUGGUGUAAAUUACAUAAAACUAAAUACGAUGAUGACUCCGACUAUAUGGAUUCCGAUGAGGAAGAUAUAGCAAAUGACGAAGAACCAGAAUUCGCAUGUUAAAGUAUAUAAGUAAAAUAUGGUAUAAAUAGAAUAAGAUCUAUGUAAAAUACACCUUUAGUAGCCUAUUAGAGUGAAAAUGGAAACGUUAAUAUAAUUGAUUUAAGCUAAAAAUAUUAAAUAUUAGAAUAAUGGGACAAAAAACCACAAAACAAACCGAAAAAUAACCCUAAAGAAAAACUGAAUAUAAUAACCUUUAAAAAUUAAACAGAAGGAUUUGCAUUAGAUUGGUCUUUAGUAAAACCAGGAAGAUUAGCCAGUGGUAGUUGUGAUGGAAAAAUAUAUAUAUAUAACACAGCUAAUACAUAAUUCUCUGAUUUUAAAAGGGAUUCGUAACCAUAUAUAUAUCAUUAAGGUUCCGUAGAAGAUAUUUAAUGGUCUCCUGUUGAAGAUUACUCAUUUGCGUCAUGUUCUGUAGAUGGAACAGUAAGAGUAUGUGAUAUUCGAUAAUAGAAUAGAAAACAAGCUUAAAUAUUAAUAAAAGCUCAUGAUUGUGAUGUAAAUGUAAUAUCUUGGAAUAUUAAAAAUCCUUAUCUUUUAGCUUCUGGAGCUGAUGAUGGAUGUUUUAAGGUAUGGGAUUUGAGAUAUCCAGACAAUAGUUUUACUGAAAUAGCAUAUCAUUAGGAACCUAUUACAUCUAUUUAAUGGUAACCUAAUGAAGAAAGUGUCCUUUCGGUUACUUCGGCUGAUAAUAGACUUUCUAUAUGGGAUUUUGCUGUUGAAAAUGAUGAGAAUAUGGAAAAUUUUGAGGAACAGAUUCCAGAUUAAUUGAUGUUUUUGCAUUAGGGGUAGUAGGAUAUGAAAGAAUUGAGGUAUCAUCCUAAGUAUUUUGAAAUGAUUAUCAGUACAUCUUUGGAUGGAUUUCAUAUUUUUAAACCAGCGUUAGAUGAUGAAGAAGAGGCUAAUAAAGAAAAGGAAGAGGAAGAAUAAGAAAUAGAAGAAAAAUAAAAGGAUAAAAUUAAAGUUAUUAAAGAAUCUGAAUUAAAUGAAUAUUUGGCAAGAAUGUCUUUAAAUAAUUGAAUUUUUUAAUUUUUUUUUUUUUUAUUAUUAAUAAAAAAAAUAUAUAUUUGCUUGUUUUUUAAUUUAUAUUUUUUUUGUUUUUGUUUUAAGUUUGCGUUUUUUUUUUAUUUUAUUUUUU